GGGAGUGAGGCCGGAUGAACAUGAGUUCAUUGAGCAAGUGGAGUCCCGUCCUCCGAGGGAUUCAAGCCCAAUCGACGCGAUGCCUGUCGACCACACCCGCCCUCAACGAAAAGACCAAGUUCGGCCCCUUGGCUGAUUCGGAUCGUAUCUUCACCAAUUUGUAUGGCCGUCACGACUGGGCCUUAAAGGGGGCCAUGGCCCGUGGAGAUUGGUACAAAACCAAGGAGAUCGUGGAAAAGGGCAACGAAUGGAUCAUCAAUGAGAUUAAAGCCUCCGGUCUGCGCGGCCGAGGUGGAGCCGGAUUUCCCUCGGGCAUGAAAUGGAGUUUCAUGAACAAGCCCGACGAUGGCCGACCCAAGUACUUGGUGGUCAAUGCGGAUGAAGGUGAACCCGGCACUUGCAAGGAUCGAGAGAUCAUGCGGCACGAUCCCCACAAGUUGGUGGAGGGUUGCUUAAUUGCUUGCCGAGCCAUGGGCGCCCGCGCCGCCUACAUCUACGUCCGCGGGGAGUUUUACAACGAGACGACGAAUCUCCAAGUGGCUAUCAAGGAGGCUUAUGCCAAAGGGUUCUUGGGUAAAAAUGCGUGUGGCUCCGGCUAUGAUUGCGAUGUGUUUGUGCAUCGCGGUGCGGGCGCUUAUAUUUGCGGCGAAGAAACCGCUCUCAUCGAAUCCUUGGAGGGAAAGCAAGGCAAACCCCGCCUAAAGCCCCCAUUCCCGGCUGAUGUGGGCGUGUUUGGUUGCCCCACCACCGUGACUAAUGUGGAAACCGUCGCUGUCGCUCCCACCAUCUGUCGCCGAGGGGGUGAAUGGUUCGCCUCAUUUGGCCGACCCAGGAAUACCGGCACCAAGCUCUUUAACAUUUCGGGCCAUGUCAAUAACCCGUGCACGGUUGAAGAAGAGAUGUCCAUCCCGUUGAAAGAGUUAAUUGAACUGCACUGCGGGGGAGUCAUUGGCGGAUGGGACAAUCUCUUGUGCGUGAUUCCCGGUGGAUCGUCCACUCCUUUGAUUCCCAAGAAGGUUUGCGACGAUGUCAUGAUGGACUUCGAUGCCCUCGUGGCCGCUCAAACGGGCUUGGGUACUGCUGCCGUUAUUGUAAUGAACAAGCAGACGGAUGUGGUCAAAGCCAUCGCUCGAUUGGCCACCUUCUAUAAGCAUGAGUCUUGCGGACAGUGCACGCCUUGUCGCGAAGGCUGUGACUGGAUGGAUAAGAUGAUGUGGAGAUUUGUCGAGGGCAAUGCCAAGGCCGAGGAAAUCGAUCUCCUGUGGGAACUGAGCAAGCAAAUAGAAGGUCAUACGAUUUGUGCUUUGGCCGAUGGAGCAGCCUGGCCCGUUCAGGGCUUGAUCCGUCACUUCCGACCCGAAUUGGAGGCUCGAUUUGCUGACUAUCACGCUAAACACGGUGACAAAACCAGUGCUGCCUCUCAAUAAGAAGGCAUGCUGACAACGUCUCCGACAUCUACUGUAGCUUGUCAACCAAUAGCUCCAUACAGAUCCGAAUUAAAAUCUACCGCAGAUUAAAAGAAGAACACAUGUGUACAUAGCUUACCAGUUCUAUCGUAUUUCAUGUUCUCAUCCUAUUGUUGCUGUCCUCCCGGAAUCACGGUGGCCUGCCGAACACCCUGAAGUUCGUGAAUAAAUAUAUAUCCAAACCCCUCA